UGCAAUAAAUAAACAGAGACCAGAAAAAGAAAACAAACGAAGAAAAGGCCAUAAAGAAAAGCCCAUUAGUCACCCGCUCGAGCCUCCUACCCUUCACACACCCCACUGGUCUAUCUGCCUUCCCUGCCAUCGCAACAGGGCCAGCAUCUACUGCACUGCUUCAGCUCUGCAACGAUGGACCCACUGCUCCCUUACUCCUCCCCCUAAAAAGGAGAAAAAAAAAGCCCUCCUUUCUCUUUCCAUCUCUCUUUUCCCUUUCCCCAUUUUUAUCUAUCCGACUGUUUGGCAUGCUUAAUCCCCUCACCUUUUCUAGCUUAAAUAAAUAAUGGAGAGCAGAAGAGAGAUAUUAGAUGCCAGAUGUAGCAGCUGGAUUCAAGGGGGAGUAGAGGCUGGGGAAGGAAGAUAGUGAGUGGUGCAGGCGGUACGGGGAAGGCAUUGUUAACCCUCGCUUUUGACUCCUCCGCUUUUGGCAAAGCUGAUGUUAUAGGCUGAGCACCACAGCAAAAGCUCCAGAAAAAAGAUGACCCUUUCUUCGAUUUCUUAGCCUUCAUAGUUUUCUACCCCCUCCCUCCUCCUCUUAUCUGUCGUAAAUAUUUAAUUUUACCCAUAGACUAAUGAGUCGUAUGCCGAGUAGGCGAUACACCUCCUUUCCCCCGCUUCGGCCUUUGCGGGUUUGUCCCUAAUUUAAACCGGAGAUAAAGCCGAGCCUCUAUUACUCUCCGCCUUCUUUCAUGGCCGCGGCGAUGGUUUUGUUUCUCCGGCGGAGCUAAUUGCUCCUGGGACGACUUUGUCGCGCUACAGUUCAGGUUUCACUUUUGCGAGGUGGUGUGGUAGAUGGGGAUCGAUCUGAACACGAUCGAGGAGGAGGAGGAGGAGGAGCCGUCGGGGAUUCGGCCGCAUCAGCCGCCACCUGCAGCCGGCGGUGUGAGUUCCAUGUGCUUGGAGUUGUGGCACGCAUGCGCCGGGCCGAGGAUUUCUCUUCCAAGGAAGGGGAGCUUGGUGGUAUACUUGCCUCAGGGGCACCUCGAGCAUCUUGCCGGCGGACAGCGCUCCGCUGGAGGAGGGAUGCUGAUUCGUUACGAUGUUCCUCCUCAUGUGUUCUGCCGGGUCGUAGAAGUCCAGCUUCGUGCAGAUGCAGCGACGGAUGAGGUUUACGCGCAGCUCUCUAUGAUUGCGGAAAACGAGGCAUUCGAGAAGCAGAUUCAAGGAGGCGUUGAGGGAGAAGGGGAGGAAGUGGAUGAGAUGGAUGGUGGAGACCAAUCCCCAGUUCCGCAUAUGUUCUGCAAGACUCUCACGGCAUCUGACACGAGCACCCAUGGGGGCUUUUCCGUACCACGCCGAGCUGCUGAGGACUGUUUUCCUCCUCUGGAUUACAGACAGCAGAGGCCUUCCCAAGAGCUAAUUGCUAAAGAUUUACACGGAGUGGAGUGGCGCUUUCGGCACAUUUACAGGGGUCAACCCCGUCGGCACUUGCUCACAACUGGCUGGAGUGCAUUUGUAAACAAAAAAAAACUUGUUUCUGGGGAUGCUGUUCUUUUUCUUCGUGGGGGUAAUGGGGAGCUUAGAUUGGGGAUUCGGAGGGCAUCCCAAAUAAAGGGCAACAUUGCUCACAACAUUUCUGGAAGUCAGAACUUGAAUGUUGGACCUGGUUCAUUGGCAUCGCUGGCAAAUGCCAUGUCGACAAAAAAAAUGUUUCCUAUUAAUUAUAAUCCAAGGGCUAACCAGUCGGAGUUCAUUGUACCUUAUUGGAAGUUUAGGAAGAGCUGCAGUUAUUCAAUUUCUGUCGGGACAAGGUUCAAGAUGCGUUUCGAAAGUGAAGAUGCAGCAGAGAGAAGGUGCACGGGAUUGAUUACUGCAGUUAGCGACCUGGAUCCGAUCCAGUGGCCUGGUUCAAAAUGGAGGUGCCUUGUGGUAAGAUGGGAUGAAGAUGAUGUGGACAACAGUUUACAUAACAGGGUCUCUCCUUGGGAAGUAGAGCCCACCGGAUCAGUCUCUUGUCCAAACAGUCUCUUAGCUUCUGGUUCAAAAAGAACUAGAAUUAGUAUUCCCUCUAUCAGUGCUGAUUAUCCACAUCCUAGUGGAAGUGGUUAUCAGAGCUUGCGGGAAUCUGCAAGGUUCCAAGAGGUCUUGCAAGGUCAAGAAAUUUUUGGUUUUAAGUCUCCUUAUAACGGGGGUGAUGCAACUCUUCCUCAUCUUUCUGAGAUGAGAAGCCAUCAUUUGCCUGAAAUGAGGAGAUGCAUUGCCAACCCUAACAGCUGCUCUUUAGCUGGCUCAGGAGGCAAUGCCAGAGUUCCGCCUGGAAACUCUGAUUUUCAUUUCCAGGGCACAGGCUUUGGGGAAUCUAUGCGGUUCCAUAAGGUCUUGCAAGGUCAAGAAAUAGUACCAGUGUUGCCAUCAUUCCGUGGUUUGGCUGUUGAAAGUCAUAGAGAAAAUGAUGGAUCUAAAAUAUUUGAAUCCUACAGUGCUGGAAGGUGUUCUGCUCCGCCACUUCAAGGCUACUGUACCUUCAUACAGCCAUGCACCACAGCAGCUCAAGUCUCUUCACCUUCUUCAGUGUUGAUGUUUCAACAAGCUGCCUCUCAACUUCCAUGCACUUAUUCGUUAUAUGACACAAAUGAAAAGGAGAAAGCUGAUGAUAGCAACUUAUCUGCCCCAAUAUCUUCAGCUGAGGGAACUCGUGUGCAACCGGCUUCCUUCACAACUCGUUGUGAAAAUUUGACGAGGUUUAAAGCGCCAGUUCAUAAGAACGGUCAGAGCAUCAUUCAUGGUAGUGGUAGCAGUUGUAGGCUCUUUGGCUUCCCACUCACAGAGAAGAUUCCCGUUACCAAUGUGGUGGCAAGCUCUUUGAAUGAGUCUCCUUUAAUUGAGCCUAGCAUCAAAUCAUCCUUCCCAAGCCAAAGGCCUCAAAUUCCAACGAAUAAUCCAGGCCAUGGAUGCACUAGAUGUCCCUUAUUUGUUGCAGGCAGGCCUGUUAAUCUCCCGGAGCUUGCUUGAUAUGCCUAUAUAAUGGAAAGCUUGGACGACCUUCUAUCUUGAGGUUACGUUCUCACCAACUUGCUUUUCUUCAUGCAGGUGGUUUGUAUGAUGCUCAUAGUGCAAAAUUCUCUGAUAAUUUGUGGAAGCACUUUUUAUCUUUUAAUAUUACUCCUGUCUUUUUAGUGAGAUUAUCUGCCUGACUUUGGUAAGCCUGUAAAUUACCAUUCAAUGCUUCACUCUGUACUUUUGAAGCAUGUUUGAACAUAAUAUAAAAACUGAACUAAACAUGUUUGUACUCUGCUGUAGUAAGUUGUGAAAAAAUAUUUCGGAGAAUAUUGAUGAACCUAUUCAGCUAAUGCGAAACUUAAACCUA